GAAGCAGCGUGCGUGAUUGCGUUGCAGCGAUACGAUGACGUCAGACGCAGACAUAGCAACCUUCAUGGGCCGGUGAAGCUUCGCAGUAGCGAGGACAGAUAGCAGGCAGCUAGCAACAAAGCUGUAAAAGAUGAAAUAAUAAAGGCAAUAUUUAUUUAUAAAGUAUUAUUUUAACUAAUAUACUACCUCACAUUCAUAUAAAUGCUCAAAAUGACGAUUUCCAGUGAAACGCGAGUAUACUGAGUAUGGGAUUCCGGACAGUUUCUCAACAUGGAUCACAAACCAGGGUACCUCUCUGGCUCAUCUGGCAAACUGAUGAAUCAAUACAUGAUUAAAGACCAUAUGGUGUCACAUUACAGAAAGCUUUAUUCAGCCAAAGCUGCUGUUGACUGCUCGGUACCUAAAAGUAUGCAUAGUAACGUCAAAUAUGUUGAUCAAAAGCGUCGCGAGCAUUCAAGGAAAGACACGAGGAGUCAAACGGGAAGAUCUGAUUCACAGAGGAACUCCAGGAUCAACUCAAGGGCCUCCUGUUCUUCUAUGAAUAGUAGACCGUCCGUUCAAGGAGAUGACAGUGGCUAUCAUUACCUGAACCAAUCAAUGAUGUCAUCACCCAGAAUCAGCACCUCGUUCCAUUCCAAACAAAUCGUGUAUCCACCCCAGACAGUUAGUACAUCUGCAAAUCAUCCUCGAUCUGCCUCAGAGUUGAGUUUCAGAAGCCCAAACCCUCAAUGGCAUCAUACAGGACACUCUUGUGCAACAUCUACCGGUCAGAGAAGAUACAAAAGCUUCCAGGAUCCCACACAGAAGACCUACAGCGGAGACGUGCUGCUGAAACACGCUCAUCACUUCACUCAGGAGAAACCAUUCACACCGAGAACUCUCAAAUCAGACCAUAAGUCCACACUGUUACAGUAUCGCUAUUACACUCCCCCGAAGAGGAAAAGUGAAGAGAAGAAUUCAUCGUCCAGGAUUGUACGACAGGAGACGUACCAUGGGAGCACACUGUCCAAGCGAGGCUUUUCACCACAGCUCGACUCACCACAGCCUUUUAGUCUUGAUCACGAGUGGUCGGAUGAAGAAUCAGAUUCAUUUAGACAUCACAGCAGGAUAAACAGGGUUUCACCAGAGGGCAUGAGGUCGCCCAUAAUGAGAAAAGUAACAGCAGAGGAAGAAGAAUUGAUGUACCUGGAGUUUAUUGCAGAUGUGACCAAUGAGAUCUUGGCACAGAGCCUCUACUCUGACAGGGUUCUGAAGCGGGUAUUUGAACGUCACAUUCACAUGAACAGACAUCGAUUGGAUGAGAAUAAAAUGCGUCACCUUCUGGACAACCUGCAGAAUGACCUGCAGAGUCCCUCUGCAGCCUCCAUCACAUCCCUGUGUGCAAAAGAAUCUAACAAUCCUUCGAAACUUGCGCUAGAGCUGCCAUCAGUGACCACAGACGGCCAUUUCCUUCUUCAUAUGGUGUUUGAUGAGGUCAAAGUCCAGAGAGAUGAUGUGACACCUGCUUUAGUGUCCACACCUGUAAACAGCAGCCUGUUGGAAAGCUCCAGUCAAACUGAUCUGGAGGAAGAUGAAAAGUUGCAGUUAAAUGUGGAGUUUAAUCAUAACACAGGCAGUGAAAUCUCUCUGAAUGUUAAUGAACAUCUCACCUGUGCUGAGGAACAUCCCAGGAACACUGAAGAUGAUAAUGAACUGUUAGAACAGAUUGAUGAACUUGGGAAAACUGUGACGGAGUCUUUAAAAGUGUCAGAGACACAGAAGAAUCUACAAGACGUGUUUGAAGAGGAGCAGACGAGAGGCGACAUCAGCGAUGAUGAGUUUUAAUUCACUUUGUUUAAAGUUCAGUGAAACUUUUGCAUAAACACAAUGAUAUACAUGUGUAGUAUUACAGUGAAGUUUCCAUAUGAGACUAAAUUAUUUUUCUAAAUUUUGCUGCUCCUAAUUUGGGCGUUUAAUUGUUAUCAGGUUAAGACCAAACACCAUUUAUUUUAGGAGGUCAGACAAAUUGUCAUGUGAUUUUUUUUUUAAACAUACAAAUGCAGUUUAUGUUUUUGACUUAGUACUUUACUUACUAUUUUAGUGUUUAGUUUUAGUUUGUUUAACAUUUAACAUGAACAGUUGCAGUAUACACGGAGUGAUAUAAAACAAGACGCAGUUCAUUUUAUUUAGAAAACGGAAGAAAGCUGUCUUUACAGUUGUGUAAGUCGACUUUUUUAUUAUUAGCAUUUGUUGUUACGUUGAGGUUUAAGCAGUAAUAUUUCCUUUUACACCUGCAGAUUUAAUCAUCCACUGAGUGUACUUACAUAUGAAAGAAACUUACUUUAAAUGUGUAAUGCUGUGUAUGUUUCUUUUCUUUUUCUUUUUCAAUUUAAGGGCAACUGUAAAUGUAAUAAUAAACGCCCAAAUUAGAAGCUCUUUCAAAACCACAAAUGUGGCUCUAACUGAGAGGUCAAGUCAUAUAAUAUAUAUAUAUAUAUAUAUAUAUAUAUAUAUAUAUAUAUAUAUAUAUAUAUAUUUAGCACAAUAAUAUACACUGCAGUAUUCAUACACUCAAAAAACGUGUAAAUUUUUAAAUGUGUAAAUUUUGAGAUUUACACAUUUAAAUUGCAUAACAAAAUUCCAUCAAAUUAAAUUGAGUAAUCUUUAACAAAAUACAGUAGAAAAAAGUAAUAUUUUAAGUUUUAUUAAUUUAAUUUAGUUAAAAUUACACAACUCAAUUUGAUCUAAUUUUGUUAAGAAAUUGAAAUGCGUAGCCUAAAUCUUAAAAAAAUAUAUUUUUAUUUUUUAGUGUAGUAUAAUAGUGAUAUAGACAGUGGAUUUUAUUAAAAAAAUAAAAUCUAUUUUUUUUAAAGCUUUUUUUAAGUGCAGCUAUAAGUGUCUUACACACAGUUGUUUACACUGACAUGUUCAUGCUGAGCUUUUGUAGUUACUCUGAAAUAUUCAAUAUGAUUAUGUUCUGUUCACAAAACUGUUCAUUCCUGUCACACCUGCUGAUUUAAUCAUCCAUUGAGUGUUUGUCUUUAAUAACUACUGAGAAAUGAAAGAAACUUUACUUUUAAGAGAGUUAUGUUUAUAUAUAUUUGUAAAUGACUUGACAACUGUAUUUUUAUUUAAUAAUAUUGAAUAUAGAUUAUAGAAAUGCUAC